AUGGGUAUUAUCCGUCAAAUUCCAGUUUGGGUCCACCUGUUCUGGCUGGUUCUGGCCAUCGGCGUACAAGGAGAAAGCCACGAAGAACGUCGAAGUGUCGCCCUCGCCGGCCAAGCCUUUGAAAUUCUCAAUGACUAUGUCGCAACCCAACCAACACCAGCCAGUGAUUGUACCUUCGAGACGGCAGCCCGGAGACAGGAAUGGACACGUUUGUCGCGAGAGCAGCGCAUGGCAUACAUCAACGCCACACUGUGCCUCAUGUCAAAGCCCGCCCUCACCGACCCACGCAUCGCCCCAGGGGCAAAGUCACGGUACGACGACUACGUCGCAAUCCACAUCAACCAGACGCAGACGAUCCACAAUACGGCAAACUUCCUGACGUGGCACCGCACCUUCGCCUGGAACUACGAGCAGGCCCUCAUCAACGAGUGCGGCUACGAGGGCGCGCUCCCUUAUUGGGACUGGGCUGCGAGCGCCGACGAUCCGCUACACUCUGAGAUAUUCGACGGCAGUGACUGGAGCAUGAGCGGCAACGGCGUGUUCGCCGCUCACAACUGCACUGCGGGACGCCCUGGGAACUGCAUCCCGCCGGGAGAUGGCGGUGGUUGUGUGGAUACGGGCCCGUUCCGAAACAUGACGGUCAAUCUUGGGCCUAUCUCGCCGCUCUUGGCUGCGGAGGGGAUUGUUGCCGUGCCUGCGAACGACACGCUCAAGUGGAAUCCGCGAUGCCUACGGCGGGAUAUCACAAACUGGACCAGUACACGCUGGACGUCGGAGCAGAAUCUUACCAAUCUAUUGACGUCCCAUGAUGACAUUGCAAGUUUCCAGUUCGCCAUGCAAGGUAACUUUUCUGCUGGGGACUACGGUGUGCAUGGCGGUGCGCAUUUUAUCACCGCUGGCGACCCUGGUGGUGAUCUCUUUAACAGCCCGGGCGAUCCGAUAUUCUUCCUUAACCAUGCGAUGAUCGACCGUGUGUUCUGGAUUUGGCAAAACCUCCACCCUGAGCAACGAACAGAGGUUGUCGGCGCAACCAUAACCAGAAACAACGCCCCGCCGAGUCGGAACGGGUCUCUCACCGAUGAGAUUUACAUGGGUGUGCUCACUGCAUCACCGCCAAUUACAAUUGGCCAGGCGGGGAGCACAUUGGGCCUUACGGGUUCCCCGUUUUGCUAUGUUUAUGUUUAA